GUUAGAGCAAGUGGGCGUGUACUUCWGAACGUCUUACGUCUCCUCAAUGCUAAGCUAGCGGGAAGGACCGGAAGCAGACUAACGAGACUUUGUUGGGGAUUUAUUAUCAGAACAUCUUUCUGUACGACCGCUAAUUCAAAAGAUGGACUUUUUAAAAUUAUUACUUUUUUAAGCCAACCAACACAGGAAAACUUAGAACUCCUUAAACCCUAGGUUUGCUAAUGCUAGCAGUUCGUUAGCAACAGCUAGCUAGCCGCUACAGCUGUUCCAGUUCUGCUGCUGGAAGUGUUUUAAUGUUUGGAAGAUGUAACCUGAGUGAACGAUCCGAACCCAUAGUGAGGUGAACCGGACCUUCAGAACCUGCAGCCCAAGUGGAUCAACUGUGGCGUCCAUCCCCGUCAGGCUAGUCUGGAUCUCAGAUCCUCUGAGCUAUCUGCAGCAGGGUUCUGCGGCGCCUCCUCCCCCCACGCUCUGAUGGAGCUCCAUGAAUUCUCCUUAUUGCUGUUUAAUGGAGAUGGUACCCAAACAAAUGAGCAGCCUUCUCCUGGCUCAGCACCGCAGCUCCUCAUUAAUCCCCACGCUGAGACGCUGAUGGCAUUAAUUUCUUCAGACCAGCCGAUGUUUUUACCUCCACAACCAAACAGAAUCAGCCGAGGCAAAAACACAAGCUGAAGGUGUGACUCUGAUGAACUGCUGGAUUAAACCCUGGGGGCGUGACCUGAAGGGAUCAGCUCGGAACCGCUCGGCUCGGCUCGGAGGAACAGUUUGGGUCCGAACAUGAACCAGACGGCCAGCGUGUCCCACCAGGUGAAGUGCCAGUCCACCAAGACCAUCAAGGACCUGGGUGGGGUGAGUCCUCCUCAGAGGAACUGGAAGGGGAUUGCCAUYGCCCUGCUGGUCAUCCUGGUGGUCUGCUCCCUCAUCACCAUGUCCGUCAUCCUCCUGACGCCRGCCGACACUCAGGCUGGAAGUGACACCAAACUGACGGUGGAGGAUUUGUUCAAACCAGAGUUCAAAGUUCACGAUCCAGAGGCCAAAUGGAUCAACGACUCAGAGGUGAUCUAUAAGAACAGCGACGGACACGUCAUCAAAUUCAACAUGGUGACCAACGAGACGGAGAUCAUCCUGAUGAACACCACGUUUGUGAAUUUCAACGUGGCCAAAUAUUCUGUGUCUCCUGAUCUAAAAUACGUUCUGUUUGCGUACGACGUCAAACAGGUUUAUCGUCACUCCUUCAUGGCGUCUUACAGCAUCUAUAACAUCCACACACGGGAGGUCUGGGAGCUGGACCCCCCUGAGGUGGUGAACUCGGUCCUGCAGCACGCAGCCUGGGGAGUCCAGGGCCAACAGCUGAUCUACAUCUUUGAAAACAACAUUUAUUAUCGAUCUCAGGUGAAGAGUAACUCCCUCAGACUGACGUCUUCAGGAAAAGAAGGGAUCAUCUUUAACGGCAUCGCAGACUGGCUCUACGAAGAGGAGAUCCUGCAGACACACGUGGCCCACUGGUGGUCUCCUGACGGGGAGAGGCUGGCCUUCCUGGUCCUCAAUGACACCCUGGUCCCGAACAUGGCUCUGCCUCGGUUCACCGGAACCACGUACCCCAAGGGCAAACAGUACCCCUACCCUAAGGCGGGUCAGCCCAACCCKGCGGUGAAGCUCUACGUCGUCAAUAUUUACGGGCCGACGCACACGCUGGAGCUGAUGCCUCCGGAGACGCUGAAGCUGCGGGAACAUUAUGUGACCAUGGUGAAGUGGAUCAGUAAGACCAGGACCGCAGUCAGGUGGCUGAACCGGGCCCAGAACAUCUCCAUCCUGACCGUGUGCGACACCACCACCGGAGCCUGCGUCACGAGACAUGAAGAAAGCUCUGAGCUCUGGCUUUCAAAGCAGAACCAGGAACCCGUGUUCUCCAAAGACGGGAACCGUUUUUUUCUGACUGUUCCUGUGAAACAAGGAGGACGAGGAGAGUUCCACCACAUCGCCAUGUUCACCACACAGUUCAGAGCGGAUCAAAACGAAGUCCGACAUCUAACGUCAGGAAACUGGGAGGUGACCAAGAUCAUCUCCUACGACGAGAACACAGAUAACCUGUAUUUCCUCAGCACAGAGGGAUCAUCACGAAGACGACAACUUUACAGUGUUAAAACGGUGGGUCUGUUCCCUCGAAGGUGUUUGACCUGUGAGCUGAACAAAGCUCACUGUUUGUACUUCGACGCCGACAUCAGCGCCACGAACCAGCACGUCAUCCUGAAGUGUAAAGGUCCAGGAGCUCCGACUGUGAUUUUACACAACCUGAGUAACUCCAAUUAUUACAUCCUGGAGAAUAACUCUGUGCUGAAGGCGGCUCUCAAGUACAAGAGGAUCCAGAAGACGGAGUUCAGGACCGUCCCUAUCGAACACUUUGAUUUACCCCUGAAGAUCUCCUACCCUCUGGACUUCUCAGAGUCUCGUCAUUAUGGACUCCUGCUGGUGGUUGACAGCGCCCCCGGUGGUCAGGCUGUGAACGACCGGUUCUCCCUGAGCUGGGACUCGGUCCUGGUCAGCUCCGAUAACGUGGUUGUGGUCCGCCUGGAYGGGCGGGGCAGCGGGUUCCAGGGCCAGAGGAUCCUGCAUGAAGUCCACCAGAGACUGGGGACGGUGGACGUUCAGGACCAGAUCGCUGCAGUCGAAUACAUGAUCAAGUUUCCGUACAUCGAUCGGACACGGAUAGCUGUGUUUGGAAAGGGCUACGGAGCGUACCUGACCUUAAUGAUGCUGAAGUCUACAGACAACCUGGUGAAGUGUGCGUGUGCCACGUCUCCAGUGACUGACUGGAAGCUGUACGCCUCGGCCUUCUCAGAGAGAUACCUGGGCAUGCCGUCACGAGACGACAGCAGGUACCAGUUCUCCAGUCUGCUGCAGAACGUCCAGGCUCUGAGGGAGCAGACCCUGAUGCUGGUCCACGGCACGGCCGACGCCAACGUUCACUUCCAGCACACUGCUGAGCUCGUCAAGAACCUGGUGAAGGUUGGAGCCAAUUACUCCAUGCAGAUUUAUCCAGACGAGGGUCACUUCCUGUCGCAGCAGAGCCGUCAGCACCUCUACGCCACGCUGAGCAGCUUCUACAGGGAGUGUCUAAAGGAGGAGCUGCUGCCGCUGCCGGACGAGGAAGACGAGGAGGACGAGUAACGGACCUUGAGGGACUUUACAGAAACCCGUGGAAGCCUUUUGGACCGGCUGUGGACACAGAGAGCAGCUGAAGCUCUCAGAGUGUUUGUUCCUGAGCACUUCUUUGUGUGAAUGUAUAAAUGUGUUAAAGACGAGGGCGCCGCCGCCGGGACUCCAGCUGCAAACGGACCAUAAAGUUCUCCUGGUUCUGGGACGCUCGGCUUCUCAGCAAAGCACACGGAGGACUUCCUACAUCGUCCACAGAAAACCACGUGCAUGGACCUCACCGCUGGCGUCAGGGACGACACAGACUUGUGUUUYCUGUCCUCACCAGCAGAGAAAACAUCCAACAUGUCCGCCUGAGGACUUCCUGCUGACGGUUCUCCUCCAACACAAACUGAACUUCCAUUAUUUGACCGUUUUGUGUCGUCAUGUUCACCUUCCUGUGAAAUCACUGCUCACUCRUCAGCUGAGGCACGGUUAAAGGGAUUUUUAUUUGAAACCAGAGCUGUGUGAAGAGUUUUAGCUGCUUCUGUCUGGAGAUCAAAGCUAAAGGUGUGUGGUCAGACACAACCUCAAACAAUUAUUAACCUCUUCAGCCCCAAACUCUAAAUCCCAGCUGAAAUGUAACUGAGUGUAUCUCAACAUUUACAAUCUAAUUAAAUAAUAUUGGUAUCAAAAUAAAGCUAACACUUGGGA